AUGGGAAGUGAAUCUGACGAAGAAAUAUUCGAGGUUGUGAGAGAAGUUGAAGAGGCCGCAAAGGCGCCGCAAAAGAAAGCUAAGUCAACCGCAAGAAAAACUAAGCCCACCGCAGAUAAGUCGCAAACUGAACACAAAAGGAAUAAGCUUAUUGAGCUAUCAAGGGAUGGUGUAAUAGAGAAGUCCGCAGGUUUCAUAAGAAAGUCAAACAAAGAUGUUGUGGAUAGACUUUACAGUGAGUAUGAAAGUCAGAGGAUGUCAUGCGCAAGUGACUUCUUAUCAACACUUAUUAUCUCAAAGUUCGCUUCUAUACUAGGAAGUUUUAAUGCGGUGGAAUCUUCUGAGAAGCUGUCAGAGGAGUGA